AUAAGCACGCGAUGGAGCGUGCGCGACUGGUCGCGCAAGCACGAGUAGGAUUGAGUAGAACGCAAGUCGUCGUGGUGUCGUGGAGCGCGUCUCCUGCGGAGCAUAGCUGGCGUGGACUGCUAGUCAAGAUGUAAACUGUCAAGGUGCAAAGAUGUCACGCUAGAGAAGAUUUGUUUUGGCCCAGGCCACAAGAGUGUGAGAACGAGGGGGAGAAAAAGAGAGAGAAAAGGGUUGGAGAAAGAGGAGAGAGAGAGAGAGAGAGGGAGAGAGAGUUAGAGAGAAAGGAAGAAAGAUAAAAAGAGCGUAAUAGUGACGAAAGGCAAGAAGGCGAAAGAAAAAGAAGACAAAAAGAGCGAGAAAACGGAGAUAAUCAGGAGUUAUGCACGCAUACGAGAGGAGAAUACGAGGAGAAACGGAGUAGCUGGAAAAGGGGAUCGAUCGGCCGCCCGAUAGAUGUGGCAAUGGAGGACAUGAGAAUGGGCAUCACCGUGGUCUGAGUACCCGAAAAAUGAUGUCAGAAUUGCCGAGCGCUCAUCAAAGGAAGCUUGGACCAGCGCCGAUAGCAUCCUUCGAAGACCUAUCGGACGAAGUGGAAAACGGGGAAUCGACGGCAGCGGUGACGGCGGCGGCGGGGCGAAUGCCGGGCAUCGUCGAGGUUACUACGCCGGCAACGCCUGGCAGUUCGCUCAAGACGCCCAGUACGCCGCGAAUUGAUAUCAGCAGAGCGAGCAGCUCUUCGCACCAUGAGGAUAGUAAUUCCAGAGAUUCGUCGCCCGAGCGCGAGCUUCUCGCAGGUGCGGAUCCUCCGCCUGGCUGCAAGCUGACUUUGGGUUAUAAGGAAGAUGCCCAAGAUCUCAGAUCCUCCACGGAAGAGUUGGAUUUACAAGAUCCCGUCCACGAACAGGAUCUUAGAAGGGAAUCCAAAAGACGAAAACGGAAGGAAAUAGAUGGAUCCCAAUCGGAUUACAGCGGUAAGCAAUUGGACCGCGAACGCAAGGACAGCAAUUGCUCGGAGAUAUGUCUUCUCAACAUUAGCGGCAGAACGUCUAGAUUGUCUUCAGUUGGUAGCCAAGGCUCUGGCGUCUCGGGGAAGCUCUCGGUUGUGUCAGCAACUUCCUCCAGAUCUCCUAGCCCGCACAAGUGUCUCUUGGAGACAUCGUUCUGCGGAAGCAAACCAACGCUGGCUGACAACCUUAUAGAACCAUCGAAACCGGAGACCGAUGAUCUUGAAAAGAUUCUCUUGAAGCGGGAGGCUGACACUACGAAGGCGCUGAUUCCUGAGAGCAUCAAAGUGCCGAUGGUUGGAGGUAACUUGAAGCCAGAUCCGUUAGACAAACCUAGGAGACGCGGUCGCGAGGAACGGAAAGAGAUUUUCAAGCGAGAGGUGGAAAUCACGAAGAAAUUUCUGGAGAAAGCCAACAUAGAGAUACCAAUCAUCAAAAAAUCAAGUGAACAACAAGAAUCGAUAUCACAACAACAAUCGACAAAGACUCAAGUCCAAGAAGUUCAGAAACCCGCGACACUCGAUUUCAAUGAUAAAAGAAAAAAGACGCAAAACUUUAAAGAAAUCGUGCAGACAACGCCUACGACUAGUAGUUUCUCUGGAAGUCCCAAGUUACCAAGACAUCAGAAAGUGCGUGAUCUCGAAGGCUCGCGAACACCUAGUCCAUCAUCCGUGUCUAGAAAAAGCAGCUUUGCUUCAUUAUUCAAGACUAAAACCGACGGUUGCGUACUGAGUCCGGAAUCGCCGUCGCCUAGUACAAAGCCACGACGAAGUUUGACAUCGAAACUAAAAGACACUACGGAGAGCCUGAGAAGCCGUUCAAAAUCGCGUGAGAGGGUUCCCAUUGAUAAGGGUUCGACUUUGAAAAAGGAUUCGAAGAAUAAAGGGAUGUUUUCGUCUACGUUGAGUCUGUUCAAGAAACGUGAGAGAAAAAAGAGCUAUGAUGAAGCAAUUGCAGCCUCGUGCGAUCUUGAUGCUCAUAACAAAAUUGAACAUCCGUCCCUAGAAAGCAUCGGCCGUGUGGAAUUCACGUUUAAUAUGGAAAAAGAAAGAAAUCGACAGGAUGAUUCAAUCUUUAUUAGUUUGCACGCUGACGAUAGAAAUUAUGAAGAGGCUUUGCCGUCAGAGAGUGUCUCGAUACCGUUGGAAACGCCAACCAAGUUACUAGAUGAGUAUGAAUCCGAGGAAACACGUACGAGUAGCAUAAUCACGGAGGUAUCGAUUGAACAUCAUCCGGUGCCGUCAACUACUAAAGUCAAAACCGAGACGCAGAUCGAGACAAAGACGACGACGAUGCAAGCGGCGAAAAUGCAAGCUACGUCCAGGAAUUUGUCCAAGGAUAACCAGCUUCCGCAGAGUGUGUCGAAAGACUCGCAGAUAUCGAAAAAAGAUUCAAAAAUUAGCGCUCAGACUAAUAAAAUAAUCGAAGCUUCGCCAUUAGUAAAAUCAUCGAUUAAGUCAGAGAUAAAAUCGGAAAUUAAAUCGGUGGAUUCGCGAAUACUUUCCAGUGGCUCGUCGAAAGAAUCUACUGGCAAAAAGCCGGAUGUAAUGAAGCCGAAGAGAAAAAGUAGAGGAGAGAGUCAGCAGCAGCUUACACCACCUGAGAGAAUAGAUAACGAUUCAUCGCCACAACAGAAAAAAGUAAGUUCUAGGGAAUCUACCGCGUUAGAUAUCAAGAAAUCCGAUCUCUUUGACGAUAAAGUUAGCAGCAAGGAUGGUUUAGUAAAGACGGCCAGCAUGAUAUCCGAUUUGGAUCACAAUAGUUCAGAGUCCGAAAGAGAUUCGGAGAUUGAAUUCAUCCGCAACAAGGUCGAAAAGAUGGCGGAAGAGCUACCAGACGAGCGGAAGGGUCUCUUUUAUGAGGAAAGUUUUGAAGAAGAUCUUCCAUAUAUACCGACAACCCUACCGUUGGAGAAGAGCGUUGCCGUACCUAUCCUGCCUGUUAAACAACGACUUCAAGAAGUAAGAACAAUUCCGAUCGAAAGACCACGUUCGACAACACCGAUAAACCCGACUCUACUCGACGAGUUUGUGAUGCAGACGUCGUUGGACGAGCGGCGUGUGGAGCGGAUGAAGAUAUCUCUGCCACGAGAGGACAGCUUUAAGUUGAAAAGUCCGCGCCGGCAGUAUGCCAGUGCGACGAAUACAUUUACGGAAUUUGCGGGCAGAGUACCACCGGAUAGCGGUCGUAAGAAUAUUAUCAGUCAAGGAAAAUCACCCAGUCCACCUCCACUGCCACCGAGAGCACCAGCAUCAGCAUCAGCAUCAGCAUCAGCAUCAGCAUCAGCAUCAGCAUCAGUAUCAGCAUCAGCAUCAGCAUCAGCAUCAGCAUCAGUAUCAGCAUCAGCAUCAGCAUCAGCAUCAGCAUCAACAUCAGCAUCAGCAUCAACAUCAGCAACAACAGCAGCAGUAGCGAUAACAGCAGUAACAACACGGCCAAGCAACUGGAUAAAUUUUGAAGAGAUACCAGAGAAACGGAAGGCGCCGAAGCGAAUACAGACGAUACCGCGACCAGAAGACGAAAUCGCAAAGACGAUUGCUGGCGGUUAUAGUUAUGUGCAACCGGAAGAGUGCAAAUGUGAGUGUCACGAGGAAUCCAGACGGGCGUCUAUACGAGAAGCGGCAGCGGCAGCGACUACCACCACUGCUACUAGUAUUAGUACUAGAACUUCCUCUUGUAGCAGUAACGGUGAACGACCUUGUAAUGGCGAAAAUUGCACGGCACCGACCACUGGUGGCAAUUCCGUUGAUCGCGCCAGUAUUGUCAGUGAUAGUUCGCUGGAGUGUUCGCUGAGCAUUGAUGAUGGCCAAAGUACACAGGCGCUUCUCGGCAAUUCGACGAAACCUUUCGCCAUGGAUCUCGACGUACGGUCCAAUAGAUCGAGCAUCAUAUCGCAGGAAGAGAAUGACGAGAACCAGCACCAAUAAUAAAAAUAAAAAUAAUAAUAAUAAUAAUAAUAAUAAUAAUAAUAAUAAAAAUAAUAAUAAUAAUAACAAUACUUAUGUUAGCAGAGCGCACCCACGCCUUAGAGUCUUCGGAUUUUCUUUUCUUCGGAAAAUCCGAGUUCCUGCCUCUGACAUGGAUCAAACAAUAGUUUGAUUCUGAAAAAACAUAUUUAUGAUAUUGUUACCAUUUACAUGGUUCUUUUUACGAAAAAGGUUUCGAGAAGAAUUCACAAUUGAAUGUAAUUGGAAUCGUUUUUAUGCUUGUUUGCAGACUUUUAGCUUCUUAUUAGUGCGCGAUGCGCAUACAUCGGUAUAACUUUCGAUAAUCAAAGGCAUUUCUCUUAUUUUUCAAAUCAUUUGAAUUUCGACAUGUUCUUGGAUGAUAAUGUUACGUGGAUGUUACGCAUCAGUUACAUCAUCUGCUGUAUAACUCACGAUUCUUUUCUUUCUAUUUCUUUUUCUGUCGAUAUUAAUUGUCGAUAUUAAUUGCUCAUUUUAGUUGUUUCAUAAUACUACAAAACAAAAUUACUUUUUCAUAUUGUCCAAAAAUUAUA